AUGGUUUACGACCUGGGGGAGAUUGGGCUUGGCAGGGGCACGCCCCACCAAAUCAUGAUUCUGGCAACCGUCCAACCGUCGUUCGCAUGUGAAACAAAACAUCUCAAUCUUACUUGCAAUUUCUCAGGAACAGCCAUGGCGCGCCUACGGGGGAAGCCUGCCGGAGGCCAGGUGACUCCUCCGAGGAAGCCGAGAAAAUCUCGUGCUGGACCUUCGAAGUCCGACAACCCUCGUGAGAACACGUCCAUGAAUGGCUUUAACGGUACGAAGCCUAUACAUUCGACGCCGAAUGUCACCAUGUCGCAAACGACUGCCGAAACUUCGCGACAGCUCACGACUCCUCUAAUGGCCAACGUUCGGCACAGGACGAUAUCUGCAACCCCGAGCGCAGGCGACUGGGAGGAAGACCAAGAUUCGUCAUUUUCAGAAACCGCAGACAAAAUAUUGUCGCCGCGUGCAAAUCGCAUCGACGAGCUUCGGUCCAUAUAUCACAAAAUCAGAGAUCAGCAUGAGAAGACCAUCAAGGAGGUACAUUCUUACAUCUCUUCUAUAAUGACUCACGAAGAGAAUAUGACCCUGCAACAAUAUCUUCUUCAUUGUGAACUAGUCUUGGCCAAAGCAAAGCUGAAUCUUGAUAUCGCGACAUCUUACGCAACAAAUCAGUAUGGUCGGUCAAAUACUACGGAUCUACCCAGACUGGCCAUCACCAAAGGCUGGCUCGAAGAAGCUAUCAAACGUGUCGAUACGGAUACACCCAAACCGGAAACUGAUUACGGAUCUCUGUUCUCUGAGUUAUCACAUUAUUUUCUUGCAAGCAUCAUAACACAACAUAAGCAUUCAAUGUUUGAACAGCGAGCCUUGCCCACUGUACAUAAAAUCGCCGAGAUCUUCCAGAGGAUAGAGCCACGAUCAUACGUACCUGGAGUUGGACCAUUUCUGGAAUUUGCGACUGGCUUGGCCACUGACGAUCCCUUGCUAAUGCCUGAAAUCCUACGCCGACUCGAAGUCAAAAUGCUCACCGAUACAAGUCUGAAGGACCGUGACAACCCGGGCAUCAACACAACAUCAUCACAGCUCAGACAUCAACCGGAAGAGCGCGAAAAUACUCGAAAUCCAUUCCUCGCACUCAAUGAAGAUGGUACGGUGCCUGAGAUUGACCCUGGCCUGGACGAAGCACCUCCUGUGCGAUACUUGUCUGCCGGACUUAAGAUCGAUCCUAUGCUAGACGCGCCAUCUCUUACAUCAGUUUCGUCUAUUUCGCCUCUUUCGUACACGCCAUCGUUGACAUGUCAACCAACCUCUGAGAAGGAGAUUGACCCCAACCUGGACGCGCCUCUAUCGAUACGUUACCCAUCAUCUCAGAUGGACAUUGACUCUGGACUCGCUCCGUCGUCAGCAAAUUAUUUGCCCACCGUCUAUCAAGAUCACCGAUACGAGGACAGUGUCGGCGAGAAUGUGCAGUUCAUACAAGACCGAAACCCUCCCGAGGAUGCUCUGGCAGAGAAUUCGUUUUCGACUUGCGAGCCUAAGUCGGAGGACGAAGAAGAGGCUGCUCGACCAGAUGUUGUCGUUGGCGAACAGAUAGAAGGUAUCGCUGACCAAUUUGAGAAGAGGGAGCUGAGAUCUCCUGAACUAGCGGAAUUAGCGGAGACUCCUGCACAGCAAGUAGAACUUGAUGUUGAUAUGGACCAUCAGGAUGGAAUCAAUCAUACAGCAGAUUCACAGCCAUUUUACAUGAUCAGGGAAGAAUCGACCGGCUUGGGCGAGGGGGCUCGUCGGGAGCUGAGUCUUGUCUCUGACUUCUCUACCUUUGACGAAAUCAUGCAGGAGGUACAGGAGAAUCCGGACGAGCAACACAUCUUGUCUGCCAUCUCCCAGGCCGCUAGUGACACAGAAUCACGCGAGGACGCCUCUGCCGUUCUGGCUUCUGCACCUGGUCAUUUCAACAUCCCCGACAGUUUCGUCAUAAGUGACGACGAACUCGAACCAGAUUCGAAUCCGUAUCUCGCGGCCUACCGAGCCAAACAGCUCGCUUCUGCAUCGGCAUCGGCAUCAACAUCAAACGCACCAGCUUCGAGUGCACCUGUCGUAUGCCUACCAGAUGUCGCGCGUCGUGCUGGACCACGCAAGAGCGAGCCAAUCGUUCUGGUCUCCUCGCCUGUCAGCUCAUGCGUAACGCAAUCACAAGCUGAACAGCCUGUUCCGCAAAGACGAUCAUCCAGAAUCUCCGACUCGAUGUUCGUCAGUGAUGACAGCGACGACGAUAUACCACCAACCUCAAACCCUCAUCUUGCAGCGCUGAUUCGAGCCAAAGCGUCAGCAUCCGCACCCAGGAUCGCACCCGCAUCUGCGAUUGCAUCUGCGCCCACCUCCGGGUCAAGCACACCGAGUUCUAGCGCAUCAACAAGCAAAUCAACCAGGCCCAAGCUACCCCCUCACCUUGCUCGUGUCCGAAGAGCAGCUCAUCGUCAAUCUCUGGAUCCCUCGUCUCAAGUUCCCACGCCCGAAGAAAGGCAGCUAUUGGAUCAAGAAGAAUAUCCAUUGAUCGACAUCAUUGACGAGAGAACCAUCGAUGGCGAAAAGAAAUACCUGAUCAAGUGGAAGCCCAUCCAUGGUAGAAAAUUCUUGGAUACCUGGGAGCCUGCAGAGAACGCGAAUGCAGCGUCAGUAGAGGACUGGGAGCUACAGAAAGCAAAAAAAGGGAAGAGAAAAGACAUGGAACAUGGGAAGGUGAAGAAAGUCAGGAGAGGCACAGGAAGAGAGCGGAGGGAAAGGCCUGUCGAAAGAUCUGUGGCAGUAACAACGAUCCAGACGACCCAGGAGUUUCAGGAACAGCAUCAAUCUGCACCUUUAUCUUCUCCGGAACAGACUCCGAUGUUCUUCGUCGACACAGCUGGAGACGCGUCGCUCGCCUCACGAGGCACCAGGUUCGUUCCCACUCUUCAUAUCCCGUCACCCUCGCCGGAAGGCUUAUCAUCGAUCGAUCAAGUCUCCUCUCGUACCCGCAGCAGAGUCAAUGAUAGAGAUGACACCCGGAAUGACUCCACCGAAUCACUCUCGGACGCCACCCCGAUCGAAUCAGUAACAAAUCUAACACCGGAACCAGCAGCAGAUCGAUUGUCUAGAUACGCCGCUCGACCUUUUUCUUUCGACUCAGUUUCUGCUGAACCACAGCCAAUCCCGGCGGCAUCAUCGUUAAAGCCCAAUAACAGCGACAAAUACAAGACACCAGCACAGCAAAAGACGAGGAUGAGAGAGAAGCGAGCAAUCAGGCGAGCAGAAAAAGCAGCGAGACUAGCCAACAUGACAGAAAAACAACGAGCUGAGCACGAACACAGCAAAAAGAUGCACAAAAGGGCAAAGGCCGAGAGGAGAAGGACCAAGGCAGAAAGACUGGCAGCCAUGCCUGAGGAGGAGAGACAAGAACUGGAAAAUUGGCUUGAGUGGAAGAGGGCUUUGAGGCAAAGGAUCAAGGACAACAAGCAAGCGAAAAAGGCCGGCAAAGCAAGAAGAAGGGAAGAAGAGGCGCGAAGAGUGGUACAUAAUACUGAACAAGCAUCGUAA